CCGGUCGCCAGCCCGCAGGAAGCGUUGACGUCGCUCGUCUUGUCCGGCGAGAUCCAGUUUCCCUUAAACCGCUCUCGCGUGUUUGUCUGUUCUCGUCGCGUCGUGCGUCCUACCUACCGAUUAUUUUUCUCCUCCUCCCCCCUCCCCUCGUCCGCGUGUACGCGAUCGUCGGCACGGUGUAGAGAGGAAUCGCGCGGUACAUACAACACGCUCGUGUCGUCGUCGUCGUCGCCGCCGCCGUCGCCGCCGCCGCCGUUGUCGUCGUCGUCGUUGUCGUCGUCGUCAACGUCGUCGUCAACGUCGCCGCCGCCGCCGCCGCCGUGGUCGUCGCAGCAGCGCCGUGUAGCUUCUGGAAAGAAGUACUGGAUUUUGACGCAUCGCUGGGUGCAUCGUCCAGGAUGGCGUUCAAUGGAGACGGUCCACACUCCAAGAGACAGCGGCUCGAGGAAUCCGGACACAGAAAUCACGAGUAUGGCGCGUACGGAGACGAGCCACGUCGCAAAAGAGAAGACAAUAACAAGCCGAACCACGUCCUACUCUUCACAAUUAUCAACCCAGUAUACCCCAUCACCGUGGAAGUAUUGCACGCGAUUACGGCGAACACCGGACAAGUGCAGCGCAUCGUGAUCUUCAAGAAAAAUGGCGUGCAGGCCAUGAUAGAGUUUGAUUCGGUAGAAUCUGCAACUAGAGUGAAAGAGGCGCUUCACGGGGCUGACAUUUACUCGGGCUGCUGCACACUGAAAAUCGACUACGCGAAGCCAACGAAGCUCAACGUCUACAAGAACGAUACCGAGAGCUGGGAUUACACGACGCCGACGUUGGGCUCAAACACACACAAAAACGACGCGACAGGAAAUGGAAGGCCGGCUCCCCUUUUGGCGGAACCAAGAUACGGCGCCGCGCCCCAGCCAUACGGCACGCCACAGGUCUUCCCGCCGGCCACCGGGCACGAUCGUUACGAGGAAAAUUUCAACGGGCCAGCGACGUACGCGGAGCCGUACGUGGAGCGUUACGGUAUCAAGAGCGAUUUCAGCGGCCGCGAGCCGUUACAUCCCACGCCACCUCGGCCGGGCUACGUGCCCACCCUGGGUCAAACGCCACCCUCCAGCACGCAGGGCUCCGUGAUGAUGGUGUACGGCCUGCAGCCGGACAAAGUCAAUACCGACAAGCUCUUUAACCUGUUCUGCCUCUACGGUAACGUGACAAAGGUUAAGUUCUUGAAGACGAAGGAAGGAUGUGCCAUGAUCCAAAUGGGCGACAGUAUAGCCGUAGAGCGGUGUUUACAAAACCUGAACAACGUCACGAUCGGGACGGACGGCAGGCUGCAGCUCGCCUUCUCGAAGCAGGCCUUCCUCUCGGACGUCACCAACCCUUACAUUCUACCCGACAAGACAGCGAGCUUCAAGGAUUUCACGGGAAGCAAGAAUAACAGAUUCCUGAACCCAGCGAUGGCCAAUAAGAACAGGAUACAGCCACCUUCGAAGAUAGUCCACUUCUUCAAUACCCCUCCCGAUCUGACCGAAGAGACCGUGAAUCGCGUAUUCGUGGAGCGCGGCAUUGAAGCGCCGACGACGGUGAAGCUAUUUCCACUCAAGUCUGAGAGAUCGUCGUCCGGACUAAUUGAGUUCAGCAGUGUUGGGGUUGCGGUAGCUGCUAUUAUGGAAUGCAAUCACACAGCGCUCGAGAAUAGUAAUGGCAAAUUCCCCUACAUCAUGAAACUCUGCUUCUCAUCUUCGCGCACCAUACCCACGAGCUUCCCGCCCAGCAGUGGUAGCGCGUCGAGCAAUUCCGCCGGUAAUGGCCACGUCAAAAUGCAGCAGGACUCGGAAUAGAACGGCGAGGUCCAGGGCCAGCAGCGUCAGCGUCAGCGCCAGCGCCCCUCUCUCGCCCUGCACCCGUUGUGUGCCCCGACGGGCACGGCCCUGCACCCCGCAGCCGCAGCGAUAACGCUAUCCCCGGUCCUACCGCCACCUGUGCCGCCACCUCUGCCGCCACCCACCUGUCUCCUGAUAGCCACUCCGACCCUCUACCCGACCGUACCACCACCGCCACCGCCUCCAUUGCCCACCUUCUGGCCCUAUUGAGACGGGCCCAACCUGGCCGGUGGGCUGGUGAGACGAACGCACGCAUCAGCGAGACCGACCAGCCGACCUUCCGAGGAUGAGACACACGAUAAACGCGUCCAGGUGCUUCGCUCGGACACGACAACGCGAUGCCCAUCGCGAGACCGCCGAUGUCGCUCCAUGUCGUCGAUACACGUGCCGUCUCGCGAACGUGCAUCGUCGCAGUUCUCGUUCGUGGGAGUCGGGGAGAUCUUCCGGCGGUACAGUGCGCAACGACUGCGCGCUGACGGUGUUCAGUGUCGAUUGUCGCCAGGGACGGUUGUCGACGGCGGAGGGCACGCGGUCGGAACCAGGCUCGGCGUUCGCGAAGUUGUGGGGUAAGUGCUGCGCGAUGUGUGACGGUGUCGGGCUGUCGCAACGUGUGACGAUCCUCGCGGCAUCUCGGGGAAGCGCGCUCGACGGCCGGCGCAGGUGUCGCGCCCCGCUUCCCGGAGAUACCUGAAGAAACAGCUCGGAGAGCCGGCGGCCUCCGGCGCGCAUACAUAUCAAGGGCAAAAGGGAAUGCAUCAGUGAGCUUCAUGAGGAACCCACGGAUGCGGAUUUGCGAUCUCAUUCCGGAGGGACGUUGAUAUGGUGAUGACCAUUUCGAUGAGAUGGCAGCCAUCUGAAGAGAGAGAGAGAGAAAGAGAGAGAGAGAUGACGCCGCGCCACGGAGGACAGACGGCCGAAGAGUACCGAAAUUUUUUCGAGAUAAAGAAAGAAGAGAGGACACUUCUUAUUGGCGAAUAGAUGGAGGAGGACGAAGCGGCUCGAAGAUGCUCCUCGAAAGCGGGAAAGAGAGCAGUUGAGAAAGAGAGAGAAAGAAAGAGUUUGGAGAACUUGCUGGGGGAGGAGCAGUCGUUGGAGGAAGUUAGGAGCCCAUCGAAGAAUACUUAGGAAUUUAAUCUAUCAAAGGGAACAGGUCGGACUCGCUCAGGACGACGACGGAAGUGGCCAUCGGGAAAUCAAACGGAAGGAGUGGCAUCCCUUUGGUAGCGGAACGACGCGAGGACGGUCUAACUUCUUCGGAAGAGAAUCGAGUCUUUUGGAAGUGAGAGAGGAAAGACAGCUGGAAAAUUCGGGAGAGAUCAGCGGAAUGAAUGUUCUCAGAAGUGUGGCGUUUUGGUGAAUACUGGAAUUCCGGAGCGGGAGCGGAUCCGCGAAUAAGUGUCGAUUCCUCGUGAUUGUUCACGUAGCGAGCACACGUGAGCGCUGCUUCUGCGAUGCCUCUCGCGUCACGACACACGGGCGUCUCUCCGGUGCACUCACGGGAGACGCCGCUCCCUCUCGUUUGUGCGUUCGCUCGUUCGUUCGUCCGCGCGACUACGGUUCGACUCUCACCAGAAACGCGUGCGCACCCGCACGCACGACACACGUUUUAUUCUGAAGCCGAGCCACGCGCUCCUCGACGACCAUACUUUGUGGGAUCCAAUAAAAAUGAAACGGAGAUUUCUCAGCGACCACUUUAAUUAACACACGGGACACAAUUAGGAAGAGAGCGCUCUCGGAGUAUCUGAAUCAGUUUUGCGCCGCGAGAACAAACUGUUUUACGAGACCUGCGCGAGAACGACCUGCAGCAUCCGCUUCUGAAUGUCACUGAAGUCAACACAACGUCGCCGCCGCCGCCGCCGCCGCCGCUUCAUCGUCGCGAUUGGCGCAAGCGGCCCGUGGCGAGCGUCGCGCCGUUUCCUUUGCGUGUUCGCCACCGCGAGCCAACGUCGCGUGUGAUUCUCUGAUGAAUUUAAUGUAACUUUGUGUUGAGGGAGAGAAAUAGAGAAAGAAAGAAAGAGAGAGGAAGAGAGAGACACACACGUACCACAUUGCAGACGCGACUGGGCAAAUCGUUCCUCCAGCUACAGGAACGAUUUCCCGCGGAGUGAUGACUUCCUUAUUUCUUUUAUUUUAAAAUCGACAACAUAUAUAUAUACAUAUAUUUUAAACAAACUCUUAAAAUUUCUCAUGAAGGCAACAACACGGUAAUUCGCGGCUGGAGCGCGACUCUCAUGUGUGCGGGGCGUGCGCAGCUCGAAUUCUUCCGCGGCUUUUGAACUUGUUCCUCAAGACGUCGUCGUCGUCGUCUCGAAAAGAAUGUAAGAACCUUUUAAUUGGGGCCAUUUUAAUCGAAUCUGUAAAUAACUCUAAUCUAGGAUUCUUAUAUACUGCUUUUGCCCCAGUCGCUUAGCGUGUUGUUGCUCGACAUCUAUUAAUUAAAAGCAUAAAGCGAUUUAAUAGCGAUAAGGUUGCGUUCUUUUUUUCGCGUUAGAGUAAGACAUUUUAGAGCUAUGAAAAGUUGAAGAAGAGAGAAGGAAAAAGGAAGAGAAAAAGAGCGAGAAAGCGAGACAAAGAGAGAAGGAUCAUUUCUUCAAAGAUAUGAGCAUAUCUUUAUGACAGACUUAGGGUAUUCUUAAAUUAUAUUAUCCUGAAAUUUAUCUCUAGUAGAGCUUGACGUUUUCUUCAAGUAGCAGAAAAGAGAGACGCCAUUGCCGAAAUGGCGUAAAUAAUCGACGAAUUGCAUAAUGGUUGUUUUUCGUUUCUUUUUUUAUUUCGAAAACGUCUGUAAUUCAUCCACUAGCCGGAUAAGUGCUAAUUUUAUGAUUGAUCAAUUGCAAGAGAGAAAGAAAGAGAGCAAACUUUGCAUAUCUGCAAGUUUUUACGUCGGGCAGCAAGGUGAGUGCGUUUCGAUUUGCGUUUCGGUUUUCGUCGCGCGAGGCUACGUCGCGGGCCCUAAACGUUAACAAUAAAAGUCGUCUAGACUGCUAUCCAUUAAGAGGAUUAAGUCGUUUCCACUGUACCCCCCACUUACACCCUCCGCUUCUCCAGUCGAAUAAACGAACGAAGGAAUCCUCCCAAAAGCUGUAGUGUUCAGGUUGCGACGACGACACGUCAGUGUCCGCACGCUCGCGAGCAGGCGAUGAAAAUAAAUAAUAAUAAAAAGGAAAAACGACAGACACACACACACACACACACACACACACACACACACACACACACAAACGUACUAACACGAGACAAAGCGAAGCACCACGCUCGACGAGCGCCGUGGCACUCCCUUACAGCACUUUUCGUCAGAUCGCGGAUUCUGCGAAGCUGAAUUUUAUAUAUCGAAACAAAAGCGAAGAAAAGAAAAGAAACAAGACAAACAAUGAGGAACAAUGAAAUCGACGACACACAUACACCUCACAUGCACACAUGCAUACUCUCACAGCCACAGACGAUAUACAAAGAGAGAGAAAGAGAAAGAGAGAGAGAGAGAGAAAGAAAGGGAAAGGGACACAGUAACACACGUAAAACACACGUGCACACACAUGCACACGUACACCCACGUACACGAUAUAUUAGUGUCCCUCGGCAAUAUUUUGUCGGGCCGAGAGGCGUUUUUAUAAGAAUGGUUUUAGAUCUCCGAACAAAUUUUGCGAUGCGAACCAAACGACUAACUAAACUAAAAAUAAAUAUAGACUUUGACUCGGCCAUACGUAAACGUAAGAUAAUAAAGGGGCCGCGCCCUUUUGAGAUGCGUGAGAUGAAUAUACCCGCCGUGUUUUGUCCAUUGCCCGUGAGAGAAAGCAAGAGAGAAAGGGAGAGAAUGCGAGAGCAAGAGUGGGAGAGAGAGAUAGAGUGGGAGAGAAAGUCACAGAGAGAACGUGAGGGAGAGAGAGAGAGAGAAAGAGCGAGAGAGCGAGAAAUACCUAAGGUAAAUGAGAAAUAAUUUAAAUAAGGAAACACACACACAAACUUUAUAUUCGAGGCAAUAUUUGUUACAAUACAACUAGACGAUAAGUUGUGUAUAAUCGGGGGCUUCGGCUGGUGGUAAACGGGAGGACUUACUCCUCUCACCUUCGAACGCCGACGACGAAAAACCGUCUCGCUGGAGCUGUCGAUCGUAGAGGACGGCGUGUAUCGACGUCGUCGGGGAGGAACGCGCGAGCGCGACACACAGCGGAAAUAAAAGAGGUACUAAGUUAAUUAACGCGCGCUUUCAGCGAUCAACUGCGACGCGUCGGUAGUUUGUUAUUUACACUCGAGGGCUCAUGAUGGUAGAGAGAGAGAGAGAGAGAGAGAGAGAGAGAGAGAGAAAGAGGGAAAGAGAGAGUUGUGCUCCAACGACGUAGUAUGUGUAUGUAUAUAUAUGUAUAUGUGCAUAUAUAUUGUGUAUAUAUAUAUAUACAUACAGAAUAUCCUAGAUUUGUCUCUGCAACGUUCGUGGGACUGAGGUGAUAAAGGUCCCGUACCAUUUUGCGAUAUUCGCAAUAAAUCUCGAGAUAUAUUAAUUAAAAAAGAUUGGUGAAUGAUAACGCGCGAUAUGAUAGAUGAGCUGUAGUAGUACCGUCUGCGGCUUGUAUAUUUAUACAUCAGGUCAAACAGAACAAAAAAGUCUUCUACCAUUUUGCGAAUCACGUAGAUUUUUAGAUAUUAAUUAAAGAUGAUUUGCGCGCAUUAUCGCGCACAAUCACAUAACAAUUCCAUUAAUAACUAAAAAUCUACGUAGUUUGCAAAAUGAAGGACUUUUUUUGCUUGAUCUAAGAUACAAGCACAUAUCUACCAUAUCUCGCGUGACAUUCACCGAUCUUCUUUAAUUUAAAUCUCGAAAUUUAUUGGAAAUAUCGUAAAAUGCUACGAACUAUGUUCACUUCAAUUCGUUCUACGUCUCCACGAACGUUGUGGAGACGAAUCUGGGACAUCUUGUAUAUAUAUACAUACAUAUAUUAUUUUAACAUGCCCCAUCCGCGCUCUCUCCUCUACCAAGAGAGCCUAAACUUGUUUUCACAUCACAUUCUUAUAUUUUUAUUAUUAUUAUUACGACCGAUAUAUUGUAAUUAUUAAUAGAGUUACAUGUCAUUUUAUUGUAUUAUUAUUAUCAUCAUCAUCUUCAUCGUCACUUAUCAUCAUCAUCAUUAUCAUCACUCAUCAUCAUCAUCAACAGCAUCAUCAUCAUCAUCAUCAUCGUCGUCAUCAUCAUCGUUGUCGUGUAAUCACGCGUUGAAUUUUGAUUACACGCAGAGUACACAUCACGUUUUACGUCGGAGAAGUACUUUUUGAUUUGACGAACAGGACCUAAGACGUAAGACGCUAAGCAGUUUUAGGAACGUGCAACCAUAUCAUACAAUUUUGUAGAUAAAUAUAUAUAUAUACAUAUGUAUAUGUAUAUAUUUAUGUGAUGCGGAGAGUACGGCGUUUAAAUUAUAUAAGAGCGUAUUAUCGCGUCGCGUGGCAAACGCGCCGCCACGCACUCGAUGUCCACUCAAAGACAAAUCCGAAGUGAAAUAUAUACUUUGUCCGGUCGUGCAGCUCCUCGGGAACGAAUUCGCGAUCGCCAGGAACGUAAAGAGCCCGUUUGAUCGCCGUGUCUUUUCGGGGAAAGAUUUCACGUAUCUCAGUCUUUCAGUUUCUCAUUCUCUUCUACUUGGGCCAGAGCUUAAGAUGGCGGUCGCGAAAAUCGCAUGAUUAACGAUUCGUUUGCGCAAUUAUAAAAGUAACGCACUCGAGCCCGUUACUUAAGAAAUUCUUUCAAUUUCUUCUCGAUCUCGUUUCUCUUAACUAAUCUUUAUAAUCGAUUGAGCCUUUUUAAAAGACAACAAAUAACUUUUAUCUCUCGUAACUGAAAUCUUUGAAAAAGAUUUGACACACUGGUGUGUACUAUUUUUUUAAUUAGAGAAAAUGAUUAAGUAAAGAGAGAGAGAGAGAAAGAGAGAAUCGGUGUGACUCAAGCUGAUACAUUUGAAUACUUUAUCAGAAGUGCACCAACGCGGAAGCCUCCGCGCUUUCUUUCACUGAAAAUUUAACUCCUUCGUGCGGGUAUCUCGCCGUGAUUCAUCUAUAUCUUCAUCCCGCCGACUCCGCGUCCCUUUCUCCUCUCUCUCUCUCUCUCUCUCUCUCUUUCUCUGAGUUCCUCGUCGGAAAAAAACACGAACGAGGCGCCGGGGGAAGCGGCCCAGGGCGGAAACGCGGCUUCGUUCCUCGAGGUAGGCAUUAAGGAAACGGCGGCGUUAUCGUUUCCCAGGUGACACAUCCCGUGUUAUGGGACGACUCCCCGCUUCGAGACGCAAAUCUCGUCCCGGCGCGAGUUUAAUGACGCGUUUUAAUUAAGGACGCAUCGAGAGAUCGAAAGCACGUUAUAUACCAGACUGUCGCUUAUUUUCUGACACUUUACCCGCGCGCUAAACUCCAGUCAAGUGAGACGCGUACGUAGAACGUAUUUACAACGAACACACUCGCUCAGCUCGUCCCGGCCGCCGCGUCUCUUUCGACUCGGGCGCGAAGGCACGCGCGGCGGCGGGGCCGCGUCCCUUUCGGCGUCCCUUCGACACGGUCGACCUUUACAUUUAACCCUUUUCCAUGUGCGCUAAGUGUAAUUAGUCAGGAGAAGAAGAAGAACAUGAAAAAAAAAAAAUCAAUAGAACAGCAAACACCGAAUUCUAGAACUUCGCGCGCGCUAGAGACGGCCGCGCGACUCCUCCGUAGGACUUUUGACUUAACGAGAACGUAGGAUCGUAGGAUCGCCCGCCGUCUCUCAUAGUCGAGCAGGAGGAGAAGAAAACGCGGAGGAACUCCAAAAGGAACAGUCAUAGAGACGCAUAAGCAGCGGCGAGACGCGUGAAAACGGAGAGCGAGUGACCGUACGGGGUGGGUGGUAGCUCGUAGUCCGUGCAGAAAUCGAUUUCUAAAGAUGGAGCACGUCGUCGAGCCGCCUAAUGCGCGACCGACAUGUGCGCGGGGGUGUGUGGAAGGGUUAAAUCUAAAGACACACAUAUAUAAGUAACGGAUAUGUCACACUUCGAGUACUGUGCAUCAGAAGAUGACGAGGCUCGCGCGCAAAGAGCGAAGCUCUCUCUCACACGGCUUGUUGCAUAUCAACCCUCGGCCGAAGGCACCUUCGUCGGCCUGCUGCCUGUUCCAUUAGUGCCGCGGAAUCCUGAGGAUCGCGCACCUGCGAUCGCCACGGGAGCGCGAGGACAGGUGCGCCUAAUGGCGCGCGCGAGCCUAAUGACGGCACGCGGUGAGGAUAUCGUCGGGCGCACGUUUCGUGUGGACGAUUAAUACCCACGGUGAUAUCCUCCGAGGAUCCUCGGUUACGUCAUUGGAUAAAUUUAUAUUUCUAUGCAGUUAGCGUGGAGACUUUUAAUCCUGGCUCGAAUCAACUCGGUGACGAGAAAAAGAUUGGGGAAAGGAGACAGACAGAGAGAGAGAGAGAGAGAGAGAGAGAGUGAGGAAAGAAAAUUGAUUCUAGCAGGACUGAGGUCGGGACCACACGGAGGAACGUAAGCAGUAAAACUUGAACGAGCAAAUCGACCAACUACAACUGGUGAAUCUCUUCAUAAGUCCAAAAAUCGAUUGUGAUUGGUCGAUUUUCUUGCAUCUUCAUCCUGGAACCCCAAACACGGAUCAAUUUUAGCCAACGCGUCCUAUUUUCACAACUCCCGGCGAAAUGAUCGAAAUUAAAUGUUCCGUUUUUUAAAUCCGAGCAGAAAUCGUCGGGGGAUAUGAUUCCAUUGGUAUUUUCGCUAAUCAAUAAAAAAGUCGUAAUAAAAGAAAAAAAACACGUUUUUGGGAGCGGUAACGUUUGAAAGGUCCGGGUAAAUUGUACAUUUGCCAAGAAAGACACUUGGAAAUUUAUUUGUGGAACAAGAGUUUAUUUCGCAUAAAUGAACUUUGUAUUCCGCAGAAAUAAGCUUUAUUCCACAGAAGUAAACUUUACAUCCCGCAGAUGAAUUUUCGAGUUGUUUUUUUCCCGUGCACGUGUUUAGGGUUGAGUGUUUGCGUUUUCCCGCGUGCCUCGAUCGAUCUGCGGCGCUCACUGCGCGAAGUGGUCGCGUCAUCGGGCGCGCACCUGUCCUCAGGUACCACAUUUACCGCCUGUUCUCGAUACAUCGAAGCGCGCAGCGGGACGCAAAUAAUCCACACACACGCACACACACAUAUACACACACACACCCUCGCGUUGGAAGUUUGCGCGACGCCCCGAGGGAGAGCGACGCUUCAAAACGCCAAUCCUCAGGACGCCGCCGUCGCGCAGCGUGGGGGUUAAGGAGGGCACGUUAGUCGUUAGACACGCGUUUUGCGAUGUAAGAUUAAUCGCGCGUCUCUUACCACGGACGAGUGGGAAUGUACAUAGCUUAUACCCGGUUUUUUUUCUCUUUUGGUACGAAGAGGACCCGCGGCCUCCUCCCCCCACCCCACCCCAAGUAAGUUUCGCGUAUUCUCUCUCGCUAAGUGUCACGCUUAUAGAGAUUUAAAGUAAAUCGAUGGACAAGGACAUAGCACACCCGCACACACAGACAUACAAAGACAUACAGAUACACACACCCUUAAUCGUAAAUCGCAGAGCGAACGCGACUGCGAUGAUAACCGCGACUCAGGCAUCUUCUCGCGGACAUCUUCUGGUGAACAGGUUCUAAACGUUGUACAAAAUCAAAUUGUAAUUUGUAGCCUGUAGAGAUCCUGUAAACGAUACAGUAUUCCAGAGUAGAGUUACAUAGCACUGUGUACGUAUAAGCACGACUACAUGUUAAAAAAAAACACUUCACACACCAAACUUGGAGGUUGUAAAGACGAGCCAUCUGUGUCGAUAAUUAAUUGUAAUUUGGAGGCGCGCAAGCUGCGGAUAACUGGUUUUAGAGAUCUUAACUAAUACAUAUCCCAUCUCUUCUCUAUAUGUAUAUAUUUGCAAUCGCAAUGAGUAUUCGAGAUUGAUUAAUUAUUAAUAAUGUAAUUAUUAUCAUUAUUCUUAUUAGCGUCACGAUUAUUUAUAGUACUUUCUCAACCCCGCCCCCCCACCCCCACCACGCCCGCGGGCUUUGUGAAAGCGGCGGGUGGUCGAAUAAGUAUGUUUAAAACGAACACACGUUGCGUUUAAGGCGUUAGGUUUAAUGCUCGUUAGUUAGACACUUAGAUAGUCGAUACAGUAGGUACAUAUCGUUAAUAUUGUUAUUAAUUAAUGGUACUUGCGAAAGGGUAUUACUGCCGUUGCGCUUUGGUCCCUCUUGUACGCGUUGAGAUACGCGUUGCUCCUCGCAAGAUCGUCGCCACGUUUAUUCUCUCCGCGGUACGCGACCUCUCGGUGACAAAGACGCAAAGAAAAAAAUAUCAGCAAUCUCACGGAAUCGUUCCUCCUCUACGAUGCCCCCUCAUUUAUUCGCAGCGGGAUCACUUUAACGCGUUAAUCGUCCUCGGCCGGCACCUCAACCCGUUCCCUUCGCGUUUGAGCGCGAUCUUCGGAGCAACGCGGACCGUACAGUACGAAGCAGAGCGCAGUGUAGCCGUUCUAGCGAUUCUCCUGACGAGCCCAAGUAUUCCCGGUGACGUAUACCUGCUCCACAUAUCAGGUCUUAGGCACCCCGAGCACUACCAUGCGCCAUAUCAAUGUUUCUAAGCGGUGUCCCUUCCCUCUCCUCGUUUCCCCGCCGUUCAAUGUUCUCGAUAAGGAGAGAAGGAAGAAAGAAAAAAAUUAGCGGCACGCCGAUCACGCGCACCCCUCACUCCGUCCCUCGCUCCUCCCUCUCUCACAGCCCUUCCCGAUCCCUUCCCGUGAGCCUUCCGCCCGCUAUUGCCCGCUCUUUCCACCUCGUUACUGUACAUCUGUGAGCCGGAAGGGUCUCUAAGCUCUGUCUUCCCGUCGCUACGUGAAAAGACAAAUUAGAUGUAAUAAGAUUUGUUGACUGUAUACAUUAUUAUAUACAUCGAUCACGCGCAUCACCACCGGCAUAAACACCUACCCAACCACCACCACCACCACCACCACCACCCACACGUCAACCACCACCACCACACUACCGAACACGGGGAGAACACACGAGACCGAUAGCCGUCGCCGCUGCGUCAAGAUGGUCCACGAUGGAUCGCCAAUGCUAAGAUCGCGACCAACGCGACGAGAUCAGCCGCUUUCUCGUGGAUUCGCUUUGAUAUCAUCACAGCCAGUGGCUCGACACGGGGAAAUCGACGCUUCUUUACUAUCCGCGAGGCGACCCGCCGCUUCUUUUUGUUCUUAAGGCGUUCACGUUAGGAAGAGAUAGGAACGCUUUCUCGACUAUAGUUAUAUUAUCAGCGUUAUUGUUUGUCAUUAUGCUAAAGUGUGAAGUAAGUAAUAUAUAAAUGUUAACACCUUAUCGACGAGAGUAACGAUCCGAGCGUGCUUGCCGGCUAAGAGGGUUUCGAGACCGUCGAGGCUUCGAUUAUAGGUCUGCUUGUUUGCAUUUUUUGCAAUUUUGCAAGUCAAUUCGUUGAAACAAGAAAAAUUUGUCAAUUAAUUCUAAUGGGUUAAUAAUAAAAGUGACAUUUCUAUUCCAGUAGAGAUCCUUUUAAGUUAAACGGCAAUAAUAAUUUGAUGUUUUCGUAUUCAGUUCCGUUUAUUUAUACACUCGGGCAAAUAGAGGUGAAAUUCUCACCUUAAAUUCAUCGGCCAUGCGCCACGAAUAUCGGGAGAAAAGUCAUUCCGCAUUUUGGCCAAACGUAAAGGAGCUUUUGUAAAAUUCACUCUGGCAUUUCUCAACUCUUGUCUCCCAAUUUACAGUUUCGGUUUAAAACUUCGUAUUCGUGCAAAGAAUAUAUAACAUGAAAUAGUCGACGACUUACGACUUUGGUUCACAUUAGCUCAGUUAUUGCACACGUACACUCGUGGUCGAAAAAGUUGUCUUUUAUGUAAGUUUCGGAACCUAUCCGUCUUGUCCAAUGAGAGAGCCUUUUCAUUGGAAAAUAAAUUCUCUCAUUGGACAAGAAGGGUGAGUUCCUGAAACUUACAAGAAAAAACCAGGCAACCUUUUCGGCCACGAGUGUACACAGUUCGAAUAAGCGAGAAAUAGAAUAGAAUAAAGCGCAACGGAAAAAAAAUAAAAACACACCUAUAUCGGGCGUAAAUGAUCAGCGCGCUAUGACCUCGUCGAUAAGGUAUUAAGAUUCAAUCGAUCCCCGCGACGCUACGAUUUAACGUUCUAUCUGGCUGCACGCCAACUUUUCUACACGACGCGUCGCGCACUUCAAUAUUCGAUAUUCGGUGUAUACAAUGAUAACCGUAACAAUCGCCAUCGGCCCGAACAGAGAAAAUCCGCUUUUUUUUUCCGGUGAUCGCGAGGCCACUUGACUUCUCGUUACAAAAAUAUUCUAGUCGGAUAAAAAAAAUAUAGAAAAAAGAAAAUCCAUAAAUAGUUGUGCGAACGCGCAGCUCUUAUAAAAAAAAAAAAAAAAAGGGAAAAAAAUUCAAAGCGAAGAGGAACGGCAAAUAAAAGCCCUGAUCGUUAGCCGGAAAGUAUUCAUCGCGAGAAUUAUUUGCGUAGCGCUCAGAACGUGUUAUCUCUUGUGACGUAAACGAAAAUAGUUCAAACAGACAAUUCAAUCGAGACCACCGAAUCACUCUCGUGAUAACCCCAAGACUCGGUCGCGAAAAAUUCGAGAUGAGAGUCGUGAGGUAAAAGCACCAAUUCCCGGACAUUUAUCUAAUUAUGGACACUCGUGUUGUUCUGGUCUUUUAAGAGGCCAAACUUGGAGACUUCGCCGACAGAAUACUGACCUCUUUCUGUCAAGUUUACGUCGCGCAGAAUCACAAAUGUUUUUACACAGCGAAAGCACCGCAAAAAUUAAUCGGAGCAUUGACAAAGUGUGACGAAGACGAUAAAACAUUUCGAAAUUGAUUUCUUGGAACCGUCGCAUAGUUGGCGUAGAUAUUUACCUGAUCAAAAGUUUUGCAUUUUGUACAUACCGAACGUGUGUUUACUCCGCUCGGGAAAGUUUCCAACAGUUGCAUCCAUGCAAUUAAAUCUAAAAGCUUAAAAAUGUACGCGGAAGAUUUGCAAAAAAACGUCCAUACACAUAAAGUCAUGUUUUUCGCUAAAUAUAUUAAAGCAACACACAUCUGCGUGAGAUUUCUAUAUGCACGAGAUACAUUGCUCGUGUCAGUAACGAUCGCGUCUGCGUUAUCGAAAUUUUUGGAGUUCGUCAUCCACUUCAGCAUCCUUUCAAGGGGAUGCUGGAGUCGAAAUCUCUACCACCAGAGUAUUGACUUUUUUCUACAAAGUUUAUGUUGCACUGAAUCACAAAUGCUCUUACACAAUAAAAAUACGUGCGAGAACGAAUCGGAGUGUUGCUCAAUAUGUGAGGAAAACGAUAAAACAAUUUCAAAGUUAACAUUUCAAACGCUGUUAGUUAAAAUAAAUAUUCGCCUGAUAAAGAUCUGUAGCUCGUACGUAUAGAACAUUGCUCUGCUCAAAAAGAUUCCAAAGAACAUUUGUGUAAGAUCUAUAUGAAAAAGAUAACGUGUGAUUAUGACAAUAUCGCCUUUGCGUUACCGGAAUUUUUAGAGUCACAUCGAUUUCAGUAUCCCUUUGACGUAUUAAAGGUUCGUAAACACUUAAACUUUUCACAUAGAAUAUAUAUGUAUUUUACGUUGUAAGUUUACAUAUACAUUUGGAGACCAAGACAAUAAGAAUGUUCAGGAUUAGGUGCGGGGAUCGGCAUCUUUACCUUCUUGUCACUCGGAAAGCUCAAAUAUUUUUUUAUUACUAUAAUUUCGUGUCUUCUUUUUCGAUCCACACAAUUCGCGAGACCACGGACGGCUCUCAGACAUAACCCGAGUCACGAACAGCCUCUUCGUUUGCGAAAGAUUCCGCGCAGAAACGUGCCUCUUUAUCGUCGAUAAGGUGUUAAAGCCGGCCGAACUUGUUCAUCCACUUGGUCCCUUCAACCGACAUAGUGCUCGAUCGCGACUGAACUGAACUGUACGACGCUCUCGAGGAAGCCGCGGGGAUUAGCGCGACCAAAGGGAGACGCGGAUUAAACAACUUCGGGAACUGGCGUUCCGCGAUGCCUGCGCUUAAUUAAUUAAAUUAACUAGAUCCGACGUUGAAAGACGAUCGCGAAAGCGAAAUUCGCGCGCGCGCGCGCCAGUCUGUCGGGUCCGACUCGAGCUGCUUGAUCAUUCAAGGAGCAUCUAUCGUCGUUCCCUACGCGGGUAUUCGGCAAUUUCGAGCCGGUCGUGUCAAUUUCGAGCAUUGACCAUCCAUAAUAGCCUGUUGUGCCGCAGCGCCGCCGAUAUCGCGGGCCGUACGUCGUGGAAAACGAUCUAUUCACGCCAAACACGUCACACUCUGACUCACACACACACACACACACGUACACAUGCACACGCGCACACGAGAAAUACAGUAACGUGCAAUAAUAGCGUCUGAUGGGUGUGCUCUUAUCACGCGUUCGAAUUUUUUCCGUCUCUCCCAGGAUGGUAUACUUCGCCGCAAACACGUCAAAUGUAUCGCGACAGCGCAGACCCCCUUGGGUCCCUUCAUCUCUCUUCGACCCCUCUGUGUCCGCGCACGUAUACAUACACACAUAUAUAUAUAUAUAUAUAUAUAUAUAUAUAUACAUAUAUAUAUAUAUAUAUAUAUAUAUAUGUGUAUAUAUAUAUAUAUAUAUAUAUAUAUAUAUAUAUAUAUAUAUCCAGAUAAGGAUUAAGGGAUUUCGAGGCGAAAUACGAUCCGGGACCUCUGUAUAUAUCCACGUCAUCGGUACGCGAUAUACGCGCUGCCCUAUCUAUAUGUAAAAAAGGAAAUAUAUAAAUAUAAUAGAAUAUCUAUAAGAGAUAAGAGAGAAAGAGAGAGAGAGAGAGAGAGAGAUAGAGAGAGAAAGAACGAUUCUCUCUUCAAGUCGAACUCGAAUCGCGUCGUUCAUAUGGAGAGGACAUAAGAAACAAUAAUGUUAAGAUCAUUCCUCGAAACGUGGUGGAGAGCAUUCUGCGUCGGACAAUAUUGAGGCACGAGCUUGUGUACACACGCGAAUCUGCAAAUACAUGUUCUCUGGGAAAAAGAAGAAAAAUUAAAGAAAAAAAGAGCAUACACACACACACGAACACACACAGACACACACAUGCGUAGACACGCUCCAAAAAUGUGGUUACUCUUAAAAACGAAAAGGAUAAAAAAAAUAACGAUGUAAUGUGUAUAUUAAUACUAUAUGUCGUACGCUCUAAUGUUGUUUGAAGAGUUAUUUGCGAGUCAAUUAUCUGUGCCUAGCAGCCCUGUGCACCCUAUCAAAUGUACCACCGUUCAGAUGAAAGAAACCAAACGAAAAAAAGUGGUGAAAGAUAAAGAUAGAGAGUGAGAAAUGAAAGGAUACACGACGACGACGACAAUAACGACUGCGACAACAACGAUGACGACAACAACGACGACGACGACGACAACAAAUUCGCGGCAAUACACAGAGGAAAGAGAGAAAAAGAGAGAAAGAAAGAAAGAAGGAGAGAGAGUGAUGAUAAAAGAGAUAAGAGAGAAAUACAGAACGAAGAGAUAUAUUAGUAUCGAGCAGAACACACGACACGACACGUGCGUCUCUCACAAAUUGCACCCUGUAUACAUAGUUCGCACAAUGAUCUGUUCCUAUUUUGGAAUCAGUUUUUUCGGAUUUGCCAAGAAUGUAUAUCUACAGAUUCUAUAUGAGAAUAUAUAUAGAAAAAAAAAAAAACUGAACAUGAAAUAUAAAGUAUUGAAAUCUAGUUCUGGAAUUGUAUAACCCUUUUCGACCAAGCGGAUCCAAAGCGCGAUUUGCCGAGGGGGAGGCUAUAAGAAGCGCGCCCAGAUAACUGCAAGCAACCCCCUCGUGCCCGUGCAGCCUAAGUAGCGCUUUCGUUUUCUUUCGCGAUCGGACAGCAACGUGGAUGUGCGAUCUCUGCUUAUGUUUGUGCAUCGAGAAAUAGAGCUAGCUUCAUUAGAGUGAUUGUUAUUUUUGUGAGAAAGUGAGAAACUGUGUGCAUGUGUGUGUGCGUGCGUGCGAAAGAGGGAGAGGCUGAGCGUGGAAAUACGUGAAGGUGACAAACGCUUCGCGAAAAGCAGCAUGAGAGGGAGGGAGAGAGAGAGUGAGUGAGUCUGAAGGGAAGCCUGUUUCAUAAAUUGACGAGAAAGCGAUACUUUACGUUUUCCACCGACUCACAGGUGGUUUUAUGCGAAUUUUAACGACAUGUGACAUCUCUCGCUGUCAGAAUGUAUCGGCAAUUAUGAGUCGGAUGUGCGACAAUGUUCGCACAGGAGUUCGCGGAAGCUUCUCGAUUUCGGCGAGAUCAACCACGUGAUCCGCGAUCGUCCGAUCGAUCGCCCUUUAAGCUGUUUCGUCCACGAGGUUGUUCACGACUCGCCCUCCCGUGGCGAAUACGCACGAUCUCGAGGCAAGUGAACAGAAACGGCCGUACGACGAUUCAGCGAGAGAUUAGCGCGUUUGAGAGUAGGCAGGAAGGGCAGGUACAAACAAUAGAGAGCAAGGAGCUCGUAGAGAACAGGAAGAUCGGACGACACUCGAAGUCUCGCAUGUAGUACACGACGCUUUGCGACUCGAAACUCUGCUCGCAACCAGUUAAAUAGAUAUAGAUAUAUAUAUACAUACAUAUAUAUAUAUUUACCGUCACACACUGAACACAACAGCACAACCACAACCACUACCAACAACCACCAUCACCAACCACUUUACCACGACCCACGCACAUCCAUAUAUAUUUAUACAUACAUAUAUAUAUAUAUACAUCUCUAUAUUAUAUAAACGUAUAUUACAUUUACGAGUACGCGCGAAGAGACUCCUCACCCACUUUUAUGUGACUUACACUGCUGGUGUACACGCCGUAGGACGCCUGUAUGUGUGUGUCUAAAGAUGCAGGAAAAACACUACAUCUGCUUCAGGUACUCUCCGUUCGCGAGGGACACACGACGAUCACGCCGCUUCUCGUCCGUUCGCGCGGAUUUGCGUGACUAUACGCGUAUAAUUGCCGCCGUAUAAUAAACGCGCUUGUGUCGUGUCGUUGCAUCGAAGGGCCGAUGCGUUUGUUGAAAAGGAAAGAGAAAAGAAGGAGAGACAACGCGCUUUCUUGUCGUUUCCGACGCCGCGCGAUCAUGGCAGUACGAUCUUUCAUCCUUCGAGAAUGCGCUCGCGUAGAGGAGGCGAUCGUUCCAAACUCGUGAGCCGUUCAUGGGUUUACGGGUAUGUUAUUCCGCUUUAGGGGUUCACGAUGGCGUAGCGAAGUUAUUUUCCUCCUCCUCUCGCCGUUUUAAUCCGGUAAUGAUCGAUGGGCGAUUAGAGUCACGUUUGGGGGACGAACUGGAGACUGUAAACCCCAGCAGCACACAUUAGUUGGUCAACGGUUGGCCACUGUAGAUUCUAAAUUAGCCACCAUAAAGUCAACAUUGGCUCGAUGCUUCGUGCUGCUUGAGAAAGCCUGAUCUACGAUGAUUUACCUCUUUCUGACUCAAACCUUAAGCUUUAAGCCAGAAAAAGACAGAAGAGAAGAAACAGGACGCAAAGAGCAUAUUGUAGAUCAGGCUUUAAAGCUUGAUCUACAAUGUGUUAUUUGCCUCUUGUUUCUUUUUCUUUAUCUCUUUUUGACUCACACCUUAAGCCUUCAAUUAAAAAAGGACAGAGAACAAGAAACAGGAAGCAAGCAAAGAGCAUGUUGCGGAUGAAACUUAAGGGAGAAUUCACACCUUGACAGAAAAGCAGAGAGCAGACAGGCAGAAGCUAGUCAGAACUCGCGCUGGUAGAGAAACAGAAGAUUAUCAUCUGACCACCAGACGCGAGUUCUGACUGGCUUCUGCCUUUCUGCUCUCUGCUCUUCCACCAAAGCAUGAAUUCGCCCCGAUCAACCUCGGGAUCUUUCAUCGCCCGUUUCGCGACAAGUUCACGACUCUCGCGAUGCGCAACGUAGGAUGAAAGGCGAACUCCUCGGACGCUCUCGUUUCCGAGAACGUUGCGUGCAAAAUUGUAACGGGGACGCAUUCCGAGCAGUCGGUAGCAGUGACGGAGCAGCGGGCGUGAAUCGGUAACUGAUUAAAAAUCCCGGAAAUACCAAGUCUUCUCUUUCCGCCAUCACACGCAUCACAAAGAGACAUAUCUUCUCGUCCGUGAUUAUCCUAAAACGAGACGUCUUUCGUCGAAGACGGGCUCUGCCGUCGAGUAUCUCGAAGCAAGAACAGUCGGGGUCAGAAAGCGAUAUCGAGAGAGAGAAAGAGAGAGAGAGAAAAAAAAAUAUAUAUAUACAUACAUACACAUGACGUUACGGUAAAACACGUAAACCGGGAAUCUGAAUGCGCGCUUCUCCUCAGAAUUUUCACGCGAGCUUGGUAUUUCGAGGAUCGAUAAGAGCGUCAGAUACGCAGAAGAGGUCACAGCUAGGGACAGAGAAAUAAAACAAGAGGGAGGAGAGAGAGAGAGAGAGAGAGAGAGAGAGAGA